UUUUAGAAAUUUCAGAUCCGUCACUUCCGUGAAAAUAACCCAAACAGUUAGAUAGGAGCCAGAAGCGAGAAGUGUAGCAUUUGGUGACAUCAAAGGCCGAAAACUGAAACUUCUAUCAAACAGUUGGGCCUCCAUCUUCCUCUCUUCUUCUGUUUCUUGCAGCAGGGAAGAAGCGGCAGGCACCGGCACCGGCACCGGCACCGGCACGGAAUUGUUUGGUGAAAUUCAAAGGCCAAAAAAUAAACUCUCAUCGAUCGACUCUAUAGAGGAGAAUCAUGGCGGCUGCAGUAGCUAACGGGGUGAAGAAAGAACAAAUACGGCCUAAUAAGUGUGCGGUUAUUAGUGUGCCGACCAAUCCAAUGGUGACACCUCUUUUAACAGAUCUUUAUCAGUUUACUAUGGCCUAUUCUUAUUGGAAAGCUGGAAAACACGAUGAACGAGCCGUGUUUGACUUGUAUUUUCGGAAGAAUCCAUUUGGUGGUGAAUACACAAUUUUCGCUGGGUUAGAAGAAUGCAUAAAAUUUAUUGCUCAUUUCAAAUUAACUGAGGAUGAGAUAGCUUUUAUCAGGUCAUCAUUGCCCCCGACGUGUGAGGGUGCCUUCUAUGACUACCUUCGAGGAAUUAACUGCUCAGAUGUUGAGAUAUAUUCUAUACCUGAAGGAUCAGUUGUCUUUCCCAAGGUACCGUUGAUGAGGAUUGAAGGGCCAAUUGCUGUGGUUCAACUACUGGAAACUGCUUUUGUCAACCUCAUAAACUAUGCAUCGCUAGUCACUACUAAUGCUGCAAGACAUCGUUUUGUUGCUGGAAAGUCCAAGCUGCUGCUGGAAUUUGGGCUUCGAAGAGCACAGGGUCCUGAUGGUGGUAUAUCAGCUUCGAAGUAUUGCUACAUGGGAGGAUUUGAUGCAACAAGCAAUGUGGCAGCUGGGAAGUUAUUUGGAAUCCCGUUGCGUGGAACACAUUCCCAUGCCUUUGUUAGCUCAUUUCUGAGCCCAGACGAGAUCACAGAUAAAUCACUUAAACAUCAUGAUGGCUCUAGUGUUUGCAAGGAUUUUGUUAGUCUGGUAAAGACGUGGCUUAAUAAAUUAAAGGGGUCGCGCAUAUUAGGUGGAAUUUUCAGUGAGACAAACCAAAGUGAGUUAGCAGCUUUCACCUCAUAUGGGCUCGCCUUUCCUGGAAGCUUUUUGGCCCUUGUAGACACUUAUGAUGUCAUGAGAAGUGGUGUUCCAAAUUUUUGUGCAGUUGCGCUUGCACUUAAUGAUUUGGGGUAUAGAGCAGUUGGCAUUAGAUUAGACUCUGGUGAUCUUGCUUAUCAGUCAUGUGAAGCCAGGAAAUUCUUUCAAACUAUUGAAAAGGAGUUUGGAGUGUCUGGUUUUGGAAAGAUGAGCAUCACGGCUAGCAAUGACCUUAAUGAGGAAACACUGGAUGCACUAAAUAAACAGGGGCACGAGGUUGAUUCUUUUGGUAUUGGAACACAUUUGGUUACCUGUUACGCGCAGCCCGCUCUAGGUGUUGUUUUCAAGUUAGUUGAAAUAAAUAAUCAACCAAGGAUCAAACUUUCUGAAGAUGUUACAAAGGUCUCUAUUCCAUGUAAAAAACGGUGUUUCAGAUUGUAUGGAAAGGAAGGCUACCCCCUUGUCGACAUAAUGGCUGGUGAAAAUGAACCACCUCCCAAGGUAGGUGAACGAAUUUUGUGCCGUCAUCCAUUUAGUGAAUCUAAAAGGGCAUAUGUUGUACCCCAGCGUGUUGAGGAGCUUUUAAAGUGUUUUUGGCCUGGAAGUUCAGAUAAAAAACGAGAAGACCUACCUCCCUUGAAGGAGAUUAGGGAACGGUGUAUUAAACAAUUGGAGCAAAUGCGGCCGGAUCACAUGAGAAAGCUGAACCCAACACCAUACAAGGUUAGUGUGAGCGCAAAGUUGUAUGAUUUCAUCCAUUUCCUCUGGCUGAAUGAAGCACCUGUUGGGGAGUUGCAGUGAUCAGCAAUGAAAGAAUAGAAUUUUUGAAAGAUUUUUUGUAGUGGAGUAUAGUUUGUUCAGAAAAGGAUUUUCCAAUAACAUGUACAUCAUUUUCCUUUUUUUUUUCUUUUUCCAAGUGGAAUGUAUAAGAUCCCUUGGAUGUUUAAGAAGUGAAUAAAAGCCAGUUUUCUCUCUC